UGCUUGACUCAUCGAGGGAGGGUAUGGAAAAGAAAUUACUCAUGUUAUUUUUUGUUAGAACCCAUCCUGGUUCCUCACCAAAAGCAAGAAGCACGGCACUUAGAAGAUCCUUCAUGUGCUUUACAGGAAGGUCUGACCUAAGAAUGUGAACACAAGAAAUGGCAGGCUACUAAGGAAACCCUGAGUUUGAGCCUGUUCAGUGUCAGCAACAAUCAGAAGAAAAUGGGAGUAUUUGCCUUGGCAGCCCAGAAAGCCUGGGGAGUGUUUGUGUCAGAAAGGAGGCUUGGCUGGAAGUACCUGAUACAGCUUUUUGCCAUUUGCUCUGCAGUUGGCUUCCUCUUAAGUGUUCUCCUCUUUCUUAGCAUCCAUGUCUCCUUGGAGCAGCAGUCCACGGGUCUCUUGCUGCUUUGUGGCCUCAUCUGGGUCUCACUCUCCAUCGCUCUUUGCUUCUCCAAGCACCUGCGCUGCUUCAGUGCCCUAUUCCUUCUCUCCUGUGGGCUGCGGGAGGGAAAGAAUGCUCUCCUUACUGCUGGUACAGGUGUUGUGGUAGCUGGCAACAUCCAAAGCAUUUUCCACAACCUAAAGGUUCUGACAGACAGCAUAACCUGCCAUUUAGAGUAUGAGAAAUUUGACUUGAUAAAGUAUUACAUUGAGGCUGUAAAAUGGAUUUACGAGAUGGCCAAUCUUCCUACCAACGCACUUUCUGUGACUAUAAAGCAUGAGUUUACACCAUCUUACUCAAUUUCGGAUGAUACACUGAAGCAAGAGCUGAAUGACACAAAACAAGAAAUCCAGAGAGUUGCUAACCAGAUAUCUUUUAUGCUGAAUAUAUUGCCCUGUAUAGGCCAGAAAGUAUUGCCCAUAGUGGGGAUUCUUUUAGUUUGUUUUGGAACUGUGCUUUUUAUCAAACGUUUUGUGGGCUCUCAUAAUGCCAAGUUUAAGAAUACUUAUAUCACAAAACGGUUCAUCACAUUUGAUGAGCAUCAAAAGCAACAGCAAAGGCCAUGCCUUCUGCCACUUAACAAAAAGGAAAGAAAGAAUUACGUGACAAUCCCAUCUUUCAGCUUCACAAGGAAGGAGAGAAAACAGAUGCAGCAUUUUUUUCUCCCUGUAUUUAUUCAUCUUUGUGUCUGGCUUCUGUUUGCUGCAGUAGAUUAUUUGUUUUAUUGGCUAAUCAUUUAUGUGAAUAAACAUCUCCAAGAAUUACCAGAUCUGGAGAUUCAACUCAGACUUUCUCAGCAAAAGAAUAGUCUUAUCAUUGUCAUGAACGAGCAUAUUGCAAAGAAUGAUCUUUUGAAGAUCUCUUUGUUUAAGAAUAACUGCAUCCCUCAGCCAGAAUUCCACCUCUCCACGACAUGGCUCCAGCUUGGAAUAAUCAUCUUCUUCUUAAUCAUUUUUGGGUUAUCCUCUGGCCUCUUGACCCAGCUUAAAAUACUUGUGUCAAAUUCAUUUUAUCCUGACGUGGAGACAAAGCGGAUACAAUAUUUACAUGCAAAAUUACUCAAGGAAAGAGCAAAGAUACAACAGAAAGCUGUCAAGAAUGUGUUUGCUAGAACGGUCAAUUUUUGGCUCCCAAUACUUAGGACAAGAGAAACCAUAAGGAAGAAAGACAAGGCUGCAUUAAAGGACAACAUGGUGUGAAUAAGACCAAGUGAAAUUUUGGAUAAGGCUGGACAUAUGCUUUUGUUAUCUGAAUGAAUAAAUACUUAAAACUUUCCAGUAGCAAAUAUCAGAAGUUGUUUUCACCUGAAAAACUGAAAAACAUCAAGUAUGGGGCAAAAAUGAUUCUGUCUCUGUGGAAGAUGACCACAUGAGAGAACACUUCAACAAACUGGAUGUGAUGGGAUACACCCAUGGGUGCUGAUGGAGCUGGCUGUGCCAUCAUGAAGCCAUUCCCAAUUGUCUUUGUGAGGUCAUGGAUGCUGGGAGAGACUCCUGAGCACAGGAAGAGAGCAAAUUUCACUUCAGUCUUCAAGAAGGACAGGAAGGAGAACCUGUGAAAUAACUGGUUGUUCAGCCCCACCUCAGACCCUUGGAAGGUGAUGGACCCUGGAAUCCAUUUCUAAAGACAAAAAUCAGGCAGGUAACUGGGACAUAGCCUGAACAUAAUAAAAACUUUUUUACUUUGAAAGUGAUGGUGAGAUUAUGGAGCCUUGGAGAUGCUCAAAACACAACUGGAACAGUCCUGGGCAACUCAGAGCAGUGGAAUCAGAAUGCAACAACCCCAGAGAUGGCUACCAGCCCCAGCCACUCUAUGACUCCCUGCCUGUCACAGAAACCUCUGCAGAAAACCUGAGGCAUGCACAGCAGAAACUUGUGUUGAUUUGCACAAAGCAAAUGUGUGCCAACACUAGUGUGCCACUGCACAGAUACUGCCACACAGCCAUCCUGGUGUCAUGCUCUCAAGCAGACUAAGGCCCUGCACACACACAUACCUGUGUGCUGAAGGGGAGCAGAGCCACAGGCAGAGAAACAUCUGCUCUUCCCUGCCUCCCUACAGCUAAGAGACCGAGAAAAAUGGCACAUUCUAUGCAUUAUUUUGAAUUCUAAAACAAAUUCCUCUUCAGGGCCUCAAAUACAUUAGGGUUCAUCCCAAUGGCAGAACAGUACGAGGUCUGCUCCUUUGAGCCCAGUGGUGGAGAGGUAAACACCCACUAACUGCGGUCCUUAUGCUGUGCAGCUGUAAGGGUGGGUCUGCCUCUCCUGGCAUUGCAGAGACAUUCUCUACAGCCUCUACAAGGGCUCCUAUUUGUUUCUGUCCUGUGAGCUGGAGAAGUUUGGGGAUUUGUUGACCUUCAGCUUUCCCCUCUGCAUGUUGUUCAGUUCCUUCCACUGCCUGUUCAUCAUAGACCUCAAACACGUGGUUACAUCUUUUUUCUUCUUCUUAAAAAAAAAAAAAAAAGAGUCUACAAGUUACAUUAAAAAGACAGCAUUCCAUCCACAAUUAUUUCUGUUUUUCUUCUUUCCUACUCUCUUAUUUCCUGAAUUUUAUUUUGGCUCUGUACCCCUGUCCUCAUAACUCACAGUCCUCUUUACCCUUUUGCCAUGUUCUCUUCUGCUCCAAUAGAUCAUACUUCCCCAUGGAUAAAAACCAUAUUCUUUUUUUCUUUCUGCUGAGUAAAAGUGAACUGUGUUUGAAAUUAAGGGUUUUAUUUAUUCAUUUAUUGGUUCAAUGGAAGUUUUAAACCUUUUUCCUCAUAGUGGGCAUUGUCUCUAGCUGCCUCUCUAGGGGCUGUCAGAAAUGCAUCACACCCUCAGUGCUCAGAAAAGCCUGAGGAGAGCUCUGGAUUUGACUUUUGACCCCUUCAUCCCUUUCCUUCCCCCAACUCACUCCAGAGCUUAACUUUCUUUUUAAGCACCCUUCACCAGUGUAGGAACUGUCUGAUUUACUGUGAAAAAUCUCCCAAUUGCAUCAAAUCUGGUUUGCAAAAUUAAUGAGAGGCUGCCCUGAUUAUUUUGUGAAUUUAAUUCGAAGAGACACAUUGGCUCUCCUGACCCUGACACACAGCACGAAUAAGGCCAUUUCCUACCAACAAUUGUGUUUAUGGAACUGUCCUCAUUAGCACCAGGCCCUGGAUUUGGCUUCCUUCAUAGCUAAGAGGAAGGGUGUUUUUUGGGUUGCUUUUCCAGUUCUUAUUUCACGCGGGCAGCUGGGUGUGCUGAGGCAGAGGGUGCUGGGUUUGGAGCUGCUUA